ACGAAAUAAUAUAACCACAAUAAUAAUAUCUAAUAUCCCAACUGAUUAACUCUUGAUAACUUUGGAUAAUUUCUCUAACUUUGUUGUUUAGCUUUAGCAGGAUAAUAUACAUCAAAACCCAACUAAGAGAAAAAGAUAGAUAGUGAUAGAUGGAAAAAAAAAUAGUGAGUCCAAUUCACAAUUAAGCAAAUACUGUCUUUUCUUUUUUUUCCUCUCAUCUUUUUUUUUUUUUAUUUCACUUUGCCUUACUUUUUUUUUAUAGCUUUUGUACAUUUCACCUUUUUAUUUUAUAUAAUUGGUUUGCCAUGAAACAGCUAGAUGUUAACAUACUAGGAGUACGAUCAUGACGAUGUUCAUGAAUCCCAUAUCAUGCCCGUCAUGUGUUGGUUAGUGAGUGAUUCGAAUUAAACUCACUGUUAGAUAAUAUGUUAAUAUUAUCUCGUAAAUAUUCUGUAAAAUAUAUCUUGUGUAUUUUAGGUUAUUCUCAUGAUUAGGUUGUAAACCCUAUAUAUAUUGAUUUAAUGAGAAAGCCUCCUCCAAGGAGAAUUACACUAUUCUACAUGGUAUUAGAUUCCUCUUAGGGUUUUUCUUUCUUUCCUUUCUCCAAACCCUAAUUCGAUCUCUUGGACCUCCAUAGCCGUGCCUCUUCACCUACCCGUACCUUCUGCCCCUCAUGGCCGGUGAUGAUCUUACCCCUCCUCCCCCUCCUCCACCUCCCAAAAACACCCCUCUCCACCCAGCAUUCGCCGUCAACAACAUCAAAGCACUCAUGCCCGUGACUCUCGAUCACGCGGACGCUCAAUAUGCUACGUGGGUUGAACUUUUCCAAAUCCAUGCUUGUGCCUACAAUGUUACUGAUCAUAUUGAUGCAAAGGUUAAGCGUCCAACGGAUGUUGAUGAUGCAACGUGGAAGAGAUUGGAUGCAAUUGUUAAACAAUGGAUAUAUAGCACUAUUUCCAAAGACCUUGUUAACACUAUCAUGAAACCGGGUGCUACGGCUCAAGAAUUAUGGACCCGACUCGAAGAACUGUUUCAUGAUAAUAAGCAUACUAGGGCAGUGUAUUUGGAGGAACAACUUUCCACCACAAAACUUGAACAAUUUGCUAACAUGUCGAAUUAUUGUCAACAAAUCAAAGUUCUUGCGGAUCAACUUGCUAACGUUGAUUGUCCGGUCUCCGAUCGAAAGAUGUUUAUACAACUUAUUUCGGGUCUCACCAAAGGCGAAUACGACACCGUGGCAGCCAUCAUCUCCCAAUUAAACUGAACCCACUCCAAGCUUCAACAAAGCACGCUCCAUGUUUCUCCUCGAAGAAACUCGGCAAAAGAAACAAGAAGAAUCGGGCCAACAAGCUUUGGUGGCCCAAUCCAGUCAAGCCCAGUCCAAUACUGUCGGGUCACACCCCAGUUCCCAGCAGCCGGCGGCCGAUCAGCGUGGUGGUGGUGCAAGCCGUGGAAGGGGGUGUGGUCGUGGAACCAAUAACAAGCCUAAAGGUCGUGGAAAGGGUCGGGGGAACAAUAACAAUAACCAGCAGCAACAACAAUCUGGCCCACAAUGGCAGGCCCAACAACAACAAGCACCCCAAUGGGAUGGGCAACCUUUUUGGAAGCAGCUUCCAAACGGGCAGUGGGCUUCACCACCCUGCCCGUUUCCUACCAGUCCGGCCCAGCAGCAGUAUCGCGGGUCCAGUCCCUCUAUAUUGGGCCCGCGGCCUCCUCAGCAGCAAGCUUAUGAUGCUCAGCCCAGUUAUGGUCAACUAAUGACUCCCACAGCCUACAGCUCCAUGAGUCUUCAGUCCGCUGACAAUGGAUGGUACAUGGAUACGGGGGCCUCUUCUCACAUGACUCGUGACUUGGGACCUUCAUUCGGGGACAAUUCUAGCGAGGUGCAAUAGUGUGGGGGACCUCUAUCCUUUCUCAUCAAUUUCCGCAUCAAAUGACAAUAGUCAUCUAUCUCUAGCUGCAAUCUCUCCUUCAACCUGGCAUCAUAGACUUGGACACCCCGGCGAUCCUGUUUUUGAUUUUCUUAGGAAAAACAAUUAUAUUCGCUGUAAUAAGAGAAAUAGUUCUCAAUUUUGCUAUUCAUGUCCUUUAGGAAAACAUGUACGACUUCCUUUUAAGCCCUCUACUUCUAUUACUUUUUCCCCUUUUGAUAUUAUUCAUAUGGAUUUAUGGACA